AUGGUAAACAAAGGUAUGAAUAGAAAGAGUAGUGAAGACUCGAUGGAAAUGCCAUCAAAGCAAUCGAUGUCUCAAUUGUUGGCACAAAAUAAGACUAGAAGAAGGAAAUGCUUUAAUAAAAUCAAUAAUGCAUUCAUUUGUCCCAUAAAUAAGUGCCACAAGAGUUACGAAACGGAUUUACAAUUUCGCGGUCACGUAAUAGCAGUUCACGGCGAAAGACAAUUCUUGUGCACUCAUGAGGGCUGUGGUAAAGGCUAUACUACAAGGUCUGCCUUAAGAGUACAUCAAUUGUUACACAAAACUGUUAAAUCAUUUCGUUGUCCACACAAUGGCUGCGAAUACGAAGCCAUUGAUGAUUACUAUUUCAAUCUACAUCUGAAGAGACGGCACUCAAAUCAAUCGGUGUCUGAAGUAUUGCUACAAAAUGUCACCGAAAGGAAGAAAUGCUAUGAUUUGAAGAAAAAUGCAUUCAUUUGUCCCAUAAAUGAGUGCCACAAGAGUUGCAAAACGGAUGCCCAGUUUAAGCAACAUUUGCGGUCCGUUCACAGCGAUGGACAAUACGUUUGUGAAUACAUAGGCUGUGAGAAUGUGUUGAAAUCAAAAAACGGUUUUAAUUUACAUCUAUUGGGACACAAAAAGGCGAAACCAUUUCAUUGUCCACACAAUGGCUGUGAGUCUAAAGCCGUUAGCGAUAGGUAUUUGAAACUACAUCUAAAGACACACUCGACGGACAAUGAAUUCAAAGUAGCGGAACCACUGAUACAAUACACGAAAGCCUUUACACUAAACACAUGGGAGAGAAAGCGAUGCUUUGAUCCGAAAACAAAGAUCUGGAAGUGUCCGGGAAUUGAGUGCCAGAAGGCAUUGGAAACGCGUAAACUAUUUAACCAACAUUUAUAUAACAUUCACAGCGAACCCCGAUUUAAAUGCCAUUAUAAUGGAUGCGAUAAGAUAUUCACUCAUAAGGAUAGACUCGACAAUCAUUUAGUUGUCCACAAAAAUGACAAGAAAUUCAAGUGUGAUUACAAAGACUGCGAGUACGCGGGCCUUACUAUAUGGGCCCUAAAGUCACAUAUGGUCUCCCAUUUGACGGACAGACCGGUGACUGAAUGCCCGGUCGAGGGGUGCGGAAAGGCGUUCAAAUUGGCCAAAGAUCUGGCGCAACACUCGCGCGUACAUCUAAGCGAACCGACGAUCCGGUGCGGCGCCGACGGGUGUAAUGAUAUGUUUUUCCAUAGCUAUGAACGCCUCAAACAUCAGAUCUCUGUCCACAAUAGGAAACGUAAAAAAUAUAAACCGCAACGAAAGCAACGGUGCGAUUGGCCCGGAUGUGAGUAUUCGGGAACUUAUUUAAGUUAUCAUAAACUCAAGCAUACGGGAGAGCGACCACAUGUGUGCGUUUGNGAUUGGCCCGGAUGUGAGUAUUCGGGAACUUAUUUAAGUUAUCAUAAACUCAAGCAUACGGGAGAGCGACCACAUGUGUGCGUUUGGCCCGAUUGUGGUAAAAGUUAUGCAAAUAAACUCCGAUUGAAAGAUCACAUGAAUAUCCACAACAAUGUGCGCCCAUAUGUGUGUCAAUGGCCCGGAUGUGAGUACUCGGCCACCGGUUCCUCCAUUUUGUUUAAUCAUAAAAAGUUUGUCCACAAAAUGUAA